AUGGCCACGGGCUUGUACCCGCCACAGCAUUCUGGACAUGUUCAGCCCCCGGGCGUCUACGGCUACGGCAACAACCAGCCUCACCAGUACGGUCAGCAUCAGCAGUAUGGACAGCAGUACGCGCAACCGCAGCAGCAGUACGGGCAACCGCAGCAGCAAUACGGGCAACCUCAACAGCAAUACGGACAACCUCAACAACAGUACGGACAACCUCAACAACAGUACGGACAACCUCCACAACGGUUUGGACAACCUUCGCAGCAGUUUGGCCAGCCUCAGCAGCAUUAUGGCCAGCCGCAACAGCAAUUUGGUCAGACGCAGCAACAGUACCCUCCCACUACUUUAGGCGGUCAGUACCAGUACCCAGUGCGAUAUGGUCAAGUACCUCCUCCAAUGCCUUCAGCUGCAUCCAAGAAACCUCGAUUCCGCAUGCCUAGCUUGGGAAAGAAAAAUUAA